GGAACGAAACUCAUUGCCCAUGGAUAAUGAUGAUAAUAAUAAUAAUAACAAUAAUAAUAAUAAUAUAAUAACAAGAAGCAUUCCAUUGAAGUAUUCCAUUCGCUGACCCUUUAGACCGAACAGAAAAAAGAAGAAAGAAGAAAGAAGAAAGAAGAAAGAAGAAUAGAUAUGGGUACUCUCCUCCCCACGUGCGAGCCAUCGCUCCCGCAGCUCCGCCCCCGCGGUCGGUCCUCCUGGUGGACUGAGUGGAGGAGAGGGGUGCCGGCCCCAGCGCGCGCCGGAGCCCAGAGUCCUUCGGGCGUCGCGUCGGCGUCGGCGUCGGCGGAGGGGCUCCGGAAGGGGAUCGCGGAGUUCUACGACGAGUCGUCGGGGCUGUGGGAGAGGGUGUGGGGGGACCACAUGCACCACGGCUUCUACGACCCCCAUGCGCCGGCCUCCCUCGCCGACCACCGCGCCGCCCAGAUCCGCAUGGUCGAGGAAGCCCUCUCAUUCGCCGCCCUCUCCGAUGAUCCGCAAAAGAAGCCAAAGAGAAUAGUCGAUGUCGGGUGUGGUAUUGGUGGAAGCUCAAGAUACCUGGCAAAAAAGUAUGGGGCCCAAUGCAAAGGAAUUACGUUGAGUCCUGUGCAAGCUCAAAGGGCAGAGGCUCUUGCUAUUGCCGAGGGGCUAGCAGACAAGGUCUCUUUUCAAGUCGCGGAUGCUUUGGAGCAACCUUUUCCUGAUGGACAAUUUGAUUUAGUCUGGUCCAUGGAGAGUGGUGAGCACAUGCCAGACAAGAGGAAGUUUGUUGGUGAACUAGCACGUGUAGCGGCACCAGGAGCAACUAUUAUCAUUGUGACAUGGUGCCACAGAGAUCUCUUGCCAUCUGAGUCGUCACUGCGGCCCGAUGAGAUCAAUCUUUUGAACAAAAUAUGUACUGCGUAUUAUCUUCCGGCUUGGUGUUCUGCUGCUGAUUAUGUCAACAUUGCUAAGUCUCUAUCUCUUGAGGAUAUCAGAACUGCUGACUGGUCGGAAAAUGUGGCUCCAUUUUGGCCUGCUGUCAUACGAUCUGCCUUGACCUGGCGAGGCUUUACAUCGCUGCUACGAAGUGGAUGGAAGACUAUAAGGGGCGCGCUAGUGAUGCCUCUGAUGAUGGAAGGCUACAACAAGAAGCUUAUCAAGUUUGCCAUCAUUACAUGCCGCAAGCCAGAAUAAGCAGAGAAUGUAGCAACCAGUGACUACAAAUGUUCUUCUUGACUCAAUUAUAGCCUAAAAUAAAUUUUAUUAGUAUUGUCGCUAGCUUCUGAAAUAAAAUUUGGUGUCUUCCUUGUUUCCGGUUAAA